GUUGAUGAGUAGUCGGGUAUAAUUUCAUUACUAACAGUAAUUAAUAUUAAAACACGUAGUUGACCAUGAGGUGUGGGACAAGUGCCGCGAUCUUGUUUCUGAUUACCAUAACAAAUCCUUCACUUCAAUAUGGAAUAAAAAGUCACAGUCCUCAUGCUAUUUCUUCUGCAAAAGCUUCAGCUUCUAGUUCAAGUACAUCUGGAGGAAAUGAUUAUUAUGACGAUUUAGGUUCGGAAAACUCUUUAGCCAGUGGCUCAUCCUUUGCUCAAGCGGGAGCUUCGGCGAGUGCUAGUUCUAGUGCUAGUUCUAGUUCAUUUUCUCAAGCUGGAUCUGCAGCCAAAUCUGGAGCAGCAGCACAUGCAGGUAGUUCUGCUUCUGAAUUAGGAUCAAAAUCUGGUUCCAGUGCUGUGGCUGGUGCUGGUGCUGGAGCCUAUACAGGAUCUAGCGCACUCAGCAGUUCCUCCGCAAAUGCCGGAGCCAAUGCACUUGCUGGAUCGACCGCUGGGCUUUCUUCCGAUGUUGGCUUGAAGGAAGUAAGCAGCAGUGGAUUAAAUUCCUUAGCAGGAGCUAAUGCAGACAGCAGUUCGCAAUAUGGAAGUGACUUAUCUUCGAAAAUCCAUGGUCCAUCAAAAGACUUGACACCUCCUUUGAGCGGAAGUUCUGGGUCCAUCCAAUUAUCGUCAGGAGUAUACAAUUCUGGUGUAUCAUGCAAAGUUUGUUCCGAAAGUGAAGAAGUAGAAAUUCGUUAUAACGGACCAUUCCCAGGUCCACAUGGAAGUAUUCAUGAUAGUAAACCUAUCUCCACAAUUGCGACGGUGGUACCUUCUUCUCAGCCCGCAGCGCCACUGCCAGUUCCCCAAAAAUUGUCCGGGGUUCAUUACGACAUAUUUCCCGGUCCUAAGGGAACCAUCCAUGAUAGCGUUUCAGUAUCUGGAUCAUUAGCUUCUAGUUUAAAUAAAGCAGAAAAUGAGAAAGAUUUACUUUCCAGUAAUGUUUUUCUCCAAGGUGCUUUGGGAAGUAGUGGAAGUAAUCUAUUGACCGGAAGCAGCGCAUUAUCUGGAAGCUCAUCUAACACCGGAGAAGCAAAGAAUACUGGCACAUCAUUUAAUUCCGGAACUGCGUUAAACACCGGAAGCGCUUCUAAUUCAGGAACCGCUUUUAAUACUGGUGGAGCAUUCAACUCAGGAUUUGCAUCAAAUACUGGAACUUCUUACAACUCAGGAACUGCGUCUAAUACUGGAACUUCUUACAACUCAGGAACUGCGUCUAAUACUGGAACUUCUUACACUUCAGGAACUUCUUCCAACAUUGGAACCUCCUCAAAUAUUGGAACCUCCUACAAUUCAGGAACGUCGUCGAAUACUGGAACUGCAUAUAAUACAGGGAGUGCCUUGAAUACAGGUUCUUCAUUCAACGAAGGUGCAGCACUAAAUUCUGGAAGUUCAGUAAAUAAGGGUACUGCAAGUAAUGUCGGAAGCGCUUACAAUGCUGGAAGUUCAUUAAAUGAAGGAGCAUCAUUCAAUAAAGGUUCAUCAGGUUUGUUUGGAAGUUCAUACAACACUGGCUCUUCAGGCAAUUUCGGUGGAGCGUUUAAUAAAGGAGAAUCGUAUAAUGGCGGAACUUCAUCAAACGUUGGCUCGUCCGGUAAUUUUGGAAGCUCGUACAACGCUGGCGAUUUAAGUAAUUCUGGAACUUCUUUCAAUACUGGUACUGCUCUUAACACAGGCGAUUCUUUCAAUAGUGGAACAGCUUUAAAUGAAGGCACUUCUAGUAAUGUUGGUGGUGCCUUCGUUACUGGACAGGCAGUGAACAAGGGAGAAUCUUUCAAUUCUGGAUCCGCAUUAAAUACUGGAUCCUCUUACAACUCGGGAUCCUCUGAAAAUUUAGGAGGCGCAUUUAAUUCUGGAUUUUCUGGAACUUCGGGCACUGCUAUUAACAAAGGUACCGCACUGAAUACAGGAAGUGCUUUAAACAGCGGAAGUUCAAGCAACAUUGGAAGUUCCUAUAACAGUGGAAGUUCUAGUAAUUUAGGAGAGGCCUUCAACACCGGAAGUUCCAGUAAUUUAGGAGGAGCUUUCAACAGUGGAAGUUCCAGUAACACUGGAGGUUCCUACAAUAGCGGAAGUUCUGGUAAUUUUGGUGGUGCUUUCAACAGUGGAAGUUCCAGUAACACUGGAAGUUCCUACAAUAGCGGAAGUUCUGGUAACACUGGAAGUUCCUACAAUAGCGGAAGUUCUGGUAAUUUUGGGGGUGCCUUCAACAGUGGAAGUUCCAGCAAUACAGGAGGAGCGUUGAAUUCUGGAUCUGCUUUCAACAGUGGAACCUCUAGUAACAUAGGGAAUGCAGCAAAUUCAGGAGUCAGCGGUACUCAUGGUUCUUUAACUUCUGGAGGAACAGCCGCAUUAUCUGGCAGUGAAGGUUUAGGAGCUGUAGCGUUGGCCGGUAGUUCUGCUAACCUAGGAGGAUUUGAAGGUGGAUUAGGUCAUCAACUUCUUGGUGGAUUGGGAGGUGGAGAAUUUUCAGCAAGUUUUGCCGCAAAUGCUGCCAGCAGUAGUUCCAGUAGUAGCAGCAGCAGUAGCAGUUUCGAAAAGCAUGUUAAAGAUGGCGCUCAUGCUAUCGAAGAAAAAGCAAAAGAGGCUUCGGCUAGCAGUGCUGCAGCCAGCAGUUCAAGCGCUGCACAAUCGAAGAUUACUAAAAGACACCACCCUCACUUCUUCUAAAAUUGCUGUGAUUAACUCUUAAGUCUUACCUUUUAAUUGAUUUAUUUAAUGUAUUUAUAUUUGAUUUUAUAUGUAUAUGUAGUUUUGCAGUGUAAAUAAACGAUGUUUUAUACUUAA